GCAUGCGUGAAAAACGCGCCAUAUUGCUUUCUGCAGGAAGCACAUGUAGUAACGUGCAGCAGUCACGUUUGUUUCAUUUUUGCAUAGUCUUCGAUCACAAUUCGGUUUUUCUUUCACAGUAUUAUUAAUUUUUUGUAAAUAAUGACCAAGAAGAGGAAACAGUUAGAAAAUGAAGAAAGGACAGAAACGACAGAAACAAAUUUACCGAUAAAAAGAAUGUCGGACGAACCUCCACCGAAAAAGGUAAAAUGGAUAAACAAGCAACGUGUAUUAGUGUUUUCAAGCAGAGGUAUUGGUCAUAUACACCGUCAUCUCAUGGAAGAUAUCAAGACUCUUAUGCCGCAUCAUCGACCUGAGAGUAAAAUGGAACGUUCCAAAGAUUUGCAGGUUGUUAAUGAAAUGUGUCAAAUGAAGAAUUGUAAUAAAUGCAUACUUUUCGAAGGUCGAAGAAAAAGGGAUCUUUACGUUUGGUUUUCUAAUGUAUCUGCAGGACCUUGUGCAAAAUUUUUAGUUGAAAAUAUUUAUACCAUGGGUGAAUUGAAGAUGACAGGAAAUUGUUUGAAAGGAUCUCGUCCUUUACUUUCAUUUGAUGAAAAUUUCAAUACAAAACCACAUUACAGUCUCUUGAAAGAGUUACUCACUCAAAUAUUUGGUGUUCCAUAUCAUCAUCCAAAGAGUCAACCAUUCUUUGAUCAUGUUUAUACAUUUACAGUGUUAGAUAAUAGAAUAUGGUUUAGAAACUUUCAAAUUCUCACUGAAGAUGGAGGAUUAGCAGAAAUCGGACCUAGAUUUGUUUUAAAUCCAGUUAAAAUAUUUGCUAACAGUUUUGGUGGAGAAACAUUAUGGGAUAAUCCUCUUUAUGUUUCACCUGCCAAGUAUCGACAAUUAUUAAAUAAGAAAGCUGCUGGUAAAUAUGUGAACAGACUGGAGCAGAAGAUGGUACAGCAAGCUAAUAAACCAAAAGAAAGUUAUGCUUUAAAUCCUGUAGAUGAAAUAUUUAAAGGUGAUCCAAUAGAAAAGGCCUUAGAAUUACAAAGUAAGGAUAAGGAAGAUGAAGAAGUAGAAAAAAAGGAAACUCCAAAAAGGACUAUAAUCAGAAAAAAGAAGUCUCCAAGUAAACAAUUAAAUAAACAAUUAAAUAAAAAAGUCAAAAAGAAAAAACUUACAAACAAGAAACUAAAAAGAAAUGUCAAACAUUGAUUAAACAUUUUGUAUUUGUGUGAAUAUAUUCUUGUUACACAAUAAUAAAAUUUACAUAUAUUGUUCUUAACA